CCCUUCACUUUUCCCUCAAAAAAAUAAAUAUAUAAUUUUAAUUUGAAUAUAUAUAUAAGGAAGAUUGUAAUCAUUAUUUAUUAGUACUAUAUAGUUUCCUAGUUAGUAAUUAUUUUUUUUGUGGCCUAAAAAACUAAUAUGAAGAUUUGUUCAUCAUGGUGUACUAAAUCAGCAUCAACAAAACUUUUAUGUAUUAUGAUUCCAUUUAUUUUAAUUUCUAUUUAUUUUGCAUUUGGGAAUUCAAAGAAUUCAUCUUUUUCAACUUCAACUUGGUUUUUCAGUUCAGGAAAAAAUAUUUCCGGCCACGGCGGCGGUGAGAGGCCGGAGUUGGUGGCGGUGGCGGUCAACGGUGGCGCUGACCGUGAAGAAGCUAUUUUGGAAGAUUAUAGUUUUAAUAGUAGUAAUAGUUUUUCUCCACUUACUGCUGAAGCUGAUCAAGAAUUUCAAGAAAAUCAAAAACCAAUUAUUACACAAAAGAAUGAAACUUUUAACAUUUCAUUGGAGAAACCACAUGAGUUGCCAUCUUUGAAUGAAACUCAUGCUCUUCCAAUUGAACCCAAAAUCAAGAAAAAGUUUACUAAUUUGGAGAAGUUAGAAGUCAAAUUGGGGAAAGCUCGAGCUGCCAUCAAAGAAGCUGUUACGUCUGGAAAUCAAACGGAUGAUUCGGACUAUGUUCCAUCCGGUCCAAUGUAUUGGAAUGCCAAAGCUUUUCAUAGGAGUUACUUGGAAAUGGAAAAGGAAUUCAAGGUAUUCGUGUACGAAGAAGGAGAGCAGCCUAUUUUUCACAAUGGUCCGUGCAAAAGUAUAUACGCGAUGGAGGGAAACUUUAUUUAUCAAAUGGAGACGAGCAAAUUCCGAACUAGAGACCCCGAGAAAGCUCAUGUGUUCUUCCUACCUAUCAGCGUGACAUCGAUAGUGCACUUCAUAUAUGAUAGAAACUCCAGAGAACAUUGGAAUCCGAUGAAACAAACGGUUACAGAUUACAUUAAUCUUGUUUCUGGGAAAUAUCCUUAUUGGAAUCGAAGCCUAGGCGCAGAUCAUUUCAUGCUCGCUUGCCAUGAUUGGGGGCCUGAAAUUUCAAAGGCUGUUCCAGAGCUAUUCAAGAACUCAAUUCGUGUGUUAUGCAAUGCUAAUACCUCAGAAGGAUUCAAGCCUUCUAAAGAUGUAUCCUUCCCAGAGAUCCUCCUCCCAGGAGGUACGAUGAAUGGCCUGAUCGGUGGUCCAUCUCCAUCACGUAGAUCAAUCUUGGCGUUUUUUGCUGGAGGGCUUCAUGGACCUAUACGGCCUAUACUUCUCGAGCAUUGGGAAAACAAAGACGAUGACAUCCAAGUCCAUAGGUACCUACCAAAAGGCAUCUCGUACUAUGGCAUGCUAAGGAAUAGCAAGUUUUGCCUUUGUCCUAGUGGUUAUGAAGUUGCGAGUCCACGAAUGGUUGAGGCACUCUACACGGGAUGUGUCCCGGUCCUCCUUAAGGACCAUUACGUGCCACCAUUUAGCGAUGUUUUGAACUGGAAAUCGUUCUCCGUUGAAGUCCCCGUUGAUCGAAUUCCCGACUUGAAGAAAAUUCUGGCUGGGAUUUCAACAAGGCAAUAUAUAAGGUUGCAAAGAAGAGGUAAACAAGUUAGGAGACAUUUUGAAGUUAAUAUGAUUCCACAAAGAUAUGAUGUUUUUCACAUGAUACUUCAUUCUGUUUGGCUUAGAAGAUUGAAUAUGAGGCUUCAUGGUCUUGAAUAUUUGUGACCUAUGAGUUUUCAUGUACAAUAUCCUCGUGGUCCGGCUUUUUCCGAACCUGGUGCAUAGCAAAAGCUUAGUGCAUCGGCUGCCUUUUAUUAGUUUGUAUGUAUCUUCUUUUUGUGUUUAUGUGUACCACGUUUUGUGUUACAAUGUAAUUGUGUAGACUUUAGAAAUCUACUUUUUGAUUAAUUUAGUGUAAUAAUUUGUUUUUUUAAGCGAUUAAUGUAAGUUUCAUUAUAUAUCAAAGUUUAGUAGG